GGCAAGCCUUUAAGCAGGCCAGAUUGUUUACGACAGAAACCCCCCAUGUGUUGGUAAGGUGGAGGAAGAGGAUUUUAACAUUGAAGAUUGUUACGUCCCUCAGAGGUCUAUUUAUGACACAGUCCGGCUAAAUGAACAGAUUGACUCUGGUAGUAAAGGCAGUCUUUCCUCCAGGCAUUUUACAGAUCGCACCUUACCUUAUAGCAAUAGAACACUGGACAGCAGCACUCUGUGCAGCAAUGGUGCCCUUGCCUGUAACAAUGAAUCCAGAAACCGUGACAAUGAACCCUACAAACUGGAUGAAAAGAUGAUCUACGAUGCACUCAAAUUAAAUAGAGAAAUUAACCGACCUGGAGGUUUACCCAGAAAUAGACAGAAAUCAGAGAAGAGGGAACACAGACGAUCCUGGAGGCUUUUUGUACCUGUAAACCUUGCAGAUUAUGUCACUAGGAGUGAAAGUUCUUAUGCUGAGAGUCCUGCAUCUGAUACGUUGAAUUCAUGUAAAAAGGAAACACAUUCUUUAACAUCAGAGGAUGACUCUGGUCUGUGCAGUCCAUUGGCUGAAGGAGAUGAUAAACCAGAGGCAGCAGCUAUAGAACAAGAGGAGCAACAGGUUGGCUUGGCUUGUGUAGACAGUAGUGACAUGGUGGGCAACUUAUUAUCAGGGAUCUCUAACUGUGGCCAGCACACUCCCUUCCUUCUAUAUGCCAAAGUGCAGAGUGACUUAGAUUUCAGCCUAAUUGCAUGCAGCAUUACUGAUUCUAAGAGCCCUGAAUUCCACAGUGCCCUUUAAUUCUGAUUUGGAUCUGGAUAGUGAAUGCUCAAACACCCUUGAGGGGUAUGUGAAUCUGGAGGAUAGCUUUAACUUGUUUGAGGAAGAAGAAAAUAAGCAUACUAAUGACCAAGUCAAAAGGAAAGGCAAAAUAAGGGACAACACAUAUGAUUUGGAUGUUUACAAUGACAUUUAUUCUGACAAUAAUGGUUAUUAUGAUAUGGUUUUUCCUGUGCCUGGUCACAAGCAGCCAAGAUGGCACGUGCAAAAUCCUGGGGUAUACUGGGUUCUCCACCAAGGCAGAAAGCUUCUGUGGUGCACCCUAAAACUAUCCCUAUGAGAGAUAAAAGCAAAGUGUGGACCAAAGAAUCCAAAAGAGGAAAGCAUAUAAAAUAUGGCCCAUCAUCAAAGGCUUUCCAGAAAGAAGAAAUUGAACCCCUUCAAGCUCGGCUACAAGAGGUGAACUGGCUAGGUCAAGGGCUGGUUCAAAGUGCCGCAAAAAACACCAGCACCCAGAAUUUAGAACACGAUCUGGAGGAAGUAAAUACAAGGUGGAAUACUCUGAACAAAAAGGUUGCUCAGCGUGCAGCUCAACUACAAGAAGCUCUGCUCCAAUGUGGACGAUUUCAAGAUGCACUUGAAUCUAUACUGAGCUGGCUUGCAGACACAGAGGACCUUGUGGCCAAUCAGAAGUCACCAUCUGCUGAAUUCAAGGUGGUCAAAGCUCAGAUUCAGGAACAAAAGCUGCUGCAAAGAUUACUUGAUGACCGAAAGCCAACCAUUGAUGUUAUCAAACGAGAGGGGGAAAAGAUUGCUGCUACUGCUGACCAAGCAGAUAAAGACAAGAUCUUGAAGCAGCUCAGUACCCUGGAGCGUCGGUGGGAUGAGCUGCUGAAGAAAGCUGAAAUACGGAAUCGUCAGCUGGAAGGUAUAUUGAUUGUUGCAGAACAGUUCCAUGACACCUUGGAACCUCUGUCUGAGUGGCUCAGUAACUCAGAAAAGAAGCUUGCCAAUGCAGAACCCAUUGGUACACAGACAUCUAAACUUCUGGAGCAGAUUUCUCAGCACAAAGCACUACAAGACGACAUUACAGCUCACAAUUCACUAUUGCACCAAUCUCUGAGCAUUGGCAAGUCAUUAAAGGCACUGAGUUCCACAGAAGAGAAGGAGAUGGUUCAGGAAAAAAUAGAUAUCUCACAGACACGGUACAUGGAGAUCCAAGAGAGAAGUAGCAGGAGAAACGAACUUCUACAGCAGGCACACUGCAAUGCUCAGAUUUUUGGGGAUGAUGAAGUUGAGCUGAUGAACUGGCUGACUGAAGUACUUGACAAGCUGAGCAAACUGUCAGUUCAAGAUUACAGUACAGAUGUACUCACAAGGCAGCACACUGAAUUGCUGCUCCUUCAGGAAGAUAUUGUGCUCAGGAAGAAAAACGUGGACCAGGCCAUACAGAAUGGAUUGGAACUGCUUAAACAGACAACUGGUGAUGAAGUGGUCAUUAUACAGGAAAAGUUGGAUGGAAUCAAAUCAAGAUAUUUGGAAAUAUCAAACCUGAGUUCAAAAGUUUCCAAAGUCUUAGAACAGGCAUUAAACCUUGCAACACAGUUCCAUUCAACACAUGAACAGCUGAGCCAGUGGCUGGACAAGGUGGAAGUAGAACUGAAGAACUAUGAUCUGCAGAGCCAUAAACCUGAGGAGUUGAACACCAUUGAACAAAGAAAGAAGGAACUUCAAUCAGAAGCCAGAACAAACAAGGCAGUGCUGGACUCCCUCAAUGAAGUUAGCAGCGCUUUGUUGGAACUAGUGCCUUGGAGAGUCAGAGGAGGCCUUGACAAGAUGGUGACAGUAGACAAUGAGCGCUACAGAUUAAUAAGCGACACCCUCACACAAAUGGUUGAAGAGAUAGAUGCUGCCAGGUUGAGAUCUCAGCAGUUUGAGCAAGCUGUUGGUGCGGAGCAAACAUGGAUUGAGGAAACCAAAAAUAAAUUGAUGGCUCUUGGUCACAUUCGGCUUGAGCAAGACCAGACCGUGGCUCAGCUACAAGUUCAAAAGGGCUUUACCAUGGAAAUAUUAAAACACAAAGAUACGAUCGAUGAGCUGGUCAGUUCAGGAGAUGAAAUAAUGAAUUCAUUCAGUGACGGGGAAAAACAAACAAUGGCGAACAAGGUCAGACACCUGCAGAAGAUUUAUGAGGACGUCUGUCAUUUGAAUGCUGAGAGGAACCUGCAGGUAGAGCGAGCUGUAUCUUUAGUAAACCAGUUCUGGGAAACGUACGAAGAGCUGUGGCCUUGGUUGACGGAAACAGAGAAAGCCAUCUCUGAAUUGCCACCUCCAGGUUUAAAUUAUGAUACACUAAAGCAACAGCAAGAAGAUAUCCGGCAACUUCGCGAGCUGAUUGCAGAACACAAACCUCAUAUAGAUAAGAUGAACAAAACUGGGCCCCAGCUGCUGGAACUCAGUCCUGAUGAAGGUUUCUUUAUCCAGGAGAAAUAUGUUUUAGCUGACUCUCUUUACAGUGAUAUCAAGGAGGUUGUAAAGAAGCGGGCUAUUGCCUUGGAUGAAGCUUUUUCUCAGUCAUCACAGUUUCAUGACAAGAUUAAUCCAAUGCUCGAAAGCUUGCAACGAAUAGCUGAGCGUUUGAGACAGCCACCUUCAAUCUCAGCAGAGUGUGAGAAGAUCAGAGAGCAGAUAAGCGAGAAUAAAAAUGUUUCUAUGGAGCUUGAAAAGCUGCAGCCUGUCUAUGAGACGCUUAAUAUGCGUGGAGAGGAAAUGAUCGCUCGUUCUGAGGGUGCUGAUAAGGACAUCUCAGCUAAAGCCAUCCAAGAUAAGCUUGACCAAAUGGUCUUUAUCUGGGAGGACAUCCAGGCUUUGACGGAGGAAAGGGAGGCCCAGUUGUUGGAUGUGCUGGAGUUGGCAGAAAAGUUUUGGUGUGAUCACAUUGCUCUAAUAGCCACCAUUAAAGACACCCAAGAAUUUAUUCGAGAUCUUGAUGAACCUGGAGUUGAUCCUUCAGUUGUAAAACAGCAACAGGAGGCAGCGGAGGCAAUAAAAGAAGAAAUCGAUGGUCUGCAAGAAGAGUUGGAUCUUGUGUUUUCUCUUGGGUCAGAGUUAAUGUCUGGAUGUGGAGAACCUGACAAGCCUGUUGUGAAUAAAAGUAUUGAUGAGCUGAAUUCUGCAUGGGAUACACUUUAUAAAACAUGGAAAGAGCGAGUAGAGAAACUGGAUGACGCAAUGCAGGCGGCUGUGCAGUACCAGGAUGGGCUGCAGGCACUUUUUGACUGGGUGGAUUUUGCUACAGGGAGAAUGUCUAUAAUGUCACCUAUCGGAACAGACCUAGACACAGUGAAGCAGCAAAUCGCUGAACUUAAGCAAUUCAAGACAGGGGCGUAUCAACAACAAAUAGAACUGGAAAGGCUGAAUCACCAGAAGGAGUUAUUGCAGAAGAGGGUGACAGAUGAGAAUGAAAAGCAAGCGGUUGAAGACUCCUUCAAAGAACUGAAAUGUUUAUGGAAAACCUUGGAGGAUAGAAUUAUCAACAGACAGCACAAACUAGAAGCUGCCCUCUUGGCUUUAGGUCCAUUCCAGCAUGCACUAGAUGAAUUGCUAACAUGGAUGACUCAUACAGAGGGAUUGCUCAAUGAACAGAAGCCCAUUGGUGGAGAUCCGAAGACUAUUGAGAUUGAACUUGCCAAACACCAUGUGCUGCAAAAUGAUGUUCUGGCACACCAGUCUAGUGUAGAAACAGUCCAGAAAGCAGGAAACGACCUGAUCGAAUCGAGUGCUGGAGAAGAAGCUCGCAGUCUGCACAGCAGGUUAGAGGCGUUAAGCCAACGUUGGCAAAAUGUAACGGAUAAAACAGAGCAGAGAAGAAAGCAACUUGACAAUGCGCUUCUCCAGGCUCAGGGUUUCCACAGCGAGAUUGAAGAAAUGCAUCAAUGGCUGACAGAGACUGAACGUCAUUUACUGGCUUCCAAACCUGUUGGAGGAUUACCAGAAACAGCGAGAGAGCAACUCAGCACUCAUCUGGAACUAUGUGUUAUGUUUGAAGCAAAGGAAGAGGUCUACAAAAGCAUCAUGCUUAAAAGCCAGCAACUAUUGCAAAAAAGUGCAGAUGACCCUGAAGCAAAUAUGGAUCAAGACAUAAACAACCUAAAAGAGAAAUGGCAAUCAGUAGAAACAAAACUCAGCGAGCAAAAAGCGAAACUCGAGGAAGCACUAAAUCUGGCAACGGGAUUUCACAAUUCUUUUCAAGACUUUAUUAACUGGCUAACCCAAGCUGAGCAGACGCUAACUGUGGCUUCUCCGCCAAGUCUUGUUUUGGAUACAGUAUUAUUUCAAAUUGAUGAACAUAAGGUGUUUGUUACCGAAGUUAAUUCACACAGAGAUCAGAUCAUGGAGCUGGAUAAAACUGGAACCCAUUUAAAAUAUUUCAGCCAAAAAGAGGAUGUAGUAAUAAUCAAGAAUUUACUGAUCAAUGUACAGAGCAGAUGGGAAAAUGUUGUUCAGCGCUCGCUUGAAAGAGGGCGAGCGUUAGAUGAUGCCCGAAAAAGAUCCAAACAGUUCCAUGAAGCUUUUGACAAACUUAUGGAAUGGCUGGAGGAAUCAGAAAAUUCCUUAGAUUCAGAACUUGAGAUUGCAAAUGACCCAGACAGGAUCAAGACGCAACUGGCAACACAUAAGGAAUUUCAAAAAACCCUGGGUGCCAAACAUUCUGUGUACGAUUCCACCACUAGGAGUGGGCGCUCCUUGAAAGAGAAAGCAGCUCUGAAUGAUGACAUUCAGAAACUCGAUGACAUGCUCAGUGAGAUAAGAGACAAAUGGGAUACAGUCUGUGGGAAAUCAGUGGAGAGACAAAACAAACUGGAGGAAGCACUGCUGUUCUCUGGCCAGUUUACAGAUGCCUUGCAGGCUCUUAUUGAUUGGCUGUACAAAGUGGAACCACAGCUGGCUGAAGAUCAACCAGUACAAGGAGAUAUUGAUGUAGUGAUGAAUCUCAUUGACAACCACAAAGUUUUUCAAAAAGAGCUGGGAAAGAGAAGCAGCAGUAUUCAGGCCCUCAAGCGAUCUGCCAGAGAGUUAAUUGAAGGAAGUCGUGAUGACUCUUCUUGGGUGAAAGCCCAAAUGCAGGAAUUAGGCACCCGCUGGGAUAGUGUAUGCACUUUAUCUGUAUCCAAACAGACCCGACUGGAAGAAGCCCUGCGUCAGGCAGAGGAGUUUCACUCGGCUGUGCAUAUCUUGUUGGAGUGGCUGGCUGAGGCAGAACAGACCCUGAGAUUUCAUGGGGUCCUCCCCGAUGAUGAAGAUUCUCUAAAGACACUAAUUGAACAACACAGGGAAUUCAUGAGGAAUAUUGAGGAAAAAAGAACUGAGCUGAAUAAUGGAGCGAGUAAGGGAGAAGCAAUCCUUUCUGUUUGUCAUCCAGACUCCAUUACUACUAUUAAGCACUGGAUAACCAUUAUUAAAGCUAGGUUUGAGGAGGUCUUAACCUGGGCAAAGCAGCAUCAACAAAGGCUUGCUGCAGCAUUGGAAGAAUUGAUAGCCAAAAAGGAGUUGCUGGAAUCUCUUCUGACAUGGUUACAGUGGGCAGAGACUACACUCAAUGAAAAAGACAAGGAAGACAUCCCAGAGGAGAUCGAUGAAGUUAAAGCUCUGAUAGCAGAACAUCAGGCAUUUAUGGAAGAAAUGACUAGAAAACAGCCAGAUGUAGAUAAAGUCACAAAGACUUACAAGAGGAAAGCUGCUGAAUCUACAUCAGGGCAAUCUCAAAUCCCGGUCUUAGGCAAGGGGAGAACAGGUCGAAAGCGGGUCACCCACAACACACCUUUAUCCAUCUGGCACACAAGCUCCACUAGAAACAAAGAACCCAAGGGUCAAUUUAUUAGUUAGCAAAUGGCAACAUGUGUGGCUUUUGGCAUUAGAGAGAAGAAGAAAUCUGAAUGAUGCCUUGGAUAGGCUGGAAGAGCUCAAAGAGUUUGCCAACUUUGAUUUUGAUGUAUGGAGAAAGAAAUAUAUGAGGUGGAUGAAUCAUAAGAAAUCACGGGUAAUGGACUUCUUCCGGAGGAUAGACAAAGAUCAAGAUGGGAAGAUAACACGGCAGGAAUUUAUAGAAGGAAUUCUUUCGUCAAAAUUUCCUACCAGCCGUCUAGAGAUGAGUGCAGUGGCUGACAUCUUUGAUCGUGAUGGUGAUGGCUACAUUGACUAUUAUGAGUUUGUAGCAGCCCUUCACCCAAACAAAGAUGCUUACAAACCUGUAACUGAUGCUGACAAAAUUGAAGACGAGGUAACUCGACAAGUAGCUAAAUGUAAGUGUGCCAAGCGAUUCCAAGUUGAACAGAUCGGAGACAACAAAUACAGGUUUUUUCCUGGGAAAUCAGUUUGGUGACUCCCAACAAUUACGUCUUGUCCGUAUUUUGAGGAGCACUGUGAUGGUUCGGGUUGGUGGAGGUUGGAUGGCACUUGAUGAAUUCCUGGUGAAAAAUGAUCCAUGCAGAGUUCAUCAUCAUGGAAGUAAAAUGUUACGUUCCGAAUCGAACUCUUCAAUUACUACUCAGCCUCUUAUAGCCAAAGGAAGGACAAAUGUAGAGCUUCGGGAAAAGUUUAUGUUACCAGAGGGAAUUAGUCAAAGCAUGACACCUUUCCGACCAAAGGGCCGUAGGUCUAGACCGUCUUCAAGAGGGGCAUCACCAAAUAGGUCUAAUUCAAGCCCAAAUAUCCAGGCUUGUCCAUCACAAGUCACUGGUACCAGCACACCCAAGACACCUCUCCAUAUAACACGCAAUUAUGGUAAACCUUGGCUGACAAACAGCAAAACAUCGACUCCUUGUAAGAGUCCUGAGCCCCCUGAGUACAGACUCUCAUCUGAAGAGGGAACCCCGAUUCAAGGAAGUAAGCUUAGGCUUCCAGGAUAUCUUUCAGGGAAAGGAUUUCACUCAGCAGAAGAAAGUAGCUUAUUAACAGCAGCAUCCACCAAAGUCAGGACACAGUUUGCAGAUUUUCGGAAAACUACAAGUCGAGCUGGUAGCAAGGCUGGGAGCAGGUCGAGUAGCCGGCGAGGAAGUGAUGCCUCUGACUUUGACAUCUCUGAAAUCCAGUCUGUGUGUUCUGACAUGUCUGAGGCUGUUCAUGAUAGCAGACCCUCUCCACGAUCAAGUUCACGGCUUUCAACGGGCAAACCUUCCAAAAUUCCCACUCCUCAGCGACGGUCACCUUUGAGCAAAUUAGCAACAACAAAGACAACAAAAAGAUAG